AUGGUGUGGAUGUGGGUUUACUUUGCACUGGGGUUGCACUGGGUUUACUUUGGGGUUACUUUGCGGUUGGCGGUCAAGUUGGUCUAUGACGUCUGUCCCUGUAUUAUCACAGUAUGUGAAAAAUAUGCAGAUGCAGUAGCCAACAACUGCAGUCCUGAUCUGAUUCUGGAUCUUACUGUGGAUAGAGAGAUGUCUGAGGCCGCUAAAACAUUCUCUGCGAAUCUUGGCAUCCCUACAGUGGCGGCCGCUCAUUCUAUGUUUGGCGACCUCAGGUGCAUAAACGGAAACCAUCCAGUGAACUACAAGGGCUGUGCAAUUUAUCAAGAAAUCAAACGUAAAAUCAACCCUUCGCAAAAGUUUUUGAAGGAGUCGAGAACUGCAACUGGGUCAGCUCGUGCCGAAGUGUCAAGUAGAUCCUUCACUGCUGAUAAACCUGAUGUUACACAUCAAACUUAUGCUCAAGCUGCUGCCACUCCUAAAUCAGCACCAAAUUCAGAGCUGCAGAAUGAUUAUGGUCCAAUCAUUUUGGGGGAAAAAUGGAGUGGAACAAUGGACUUUGAAAUGAGGCUGGACUUGGUUACAACUUCAUCUUUUGACCAGAAGGUGAUUGGUUACUGGAAAUCAAAAGACAAAGAUCUUUUUAUUUUUGAAAACAUAUCUAGCAUCAAAGCAAAGCCUAUUUACAAAGUUGCUGUUAUUGUGCUUCCACCAUUUACAAUGGUAACAAAGGAUGAAAGUGGCAAAGAGAUGUACAAAGGCUAUUGUAUUGACCUUAUUGAUGAAAUCAGCAAAAUGUUGGGGUUUGAGUACCAGAUGUACAGAGUUGCAGAUAACACACCUGGAACCAUGGACGAGCAUGGCAGAUGGAGCGGGAUUGUGAAGGAGGUUCUGGAAAAAAGAGCUGAUAUUGGUCUCAGUUCAAUGUCAGUGACGGCUGAACGUGAAGAUGUUGUUGAGUUUACAAUGCCAUUCUAUGAUCUGAUUGGUAUGAAUAUAUUGAUGAAAAAAACAAAACCAUCCACAGCAUUUUUUAAAUUUUUUUCUGCACUAGGAAGUGACGUCUGGUUGUGUAUCAUAGUUGUAUACAUCGUCGCAAGUGCUUUGAUCUGGACCUUUGAGCAGUUUAGUCUACUGAUCAAUCAAGAAUAUCACAAGAGGUUGUGGGGAACCGAGGACAAGAGAGAGUUCAUCAUUAAGGAAUGUUUAUGGUUCUGUAUGACAUCUUUGACUCCUCAGGGUGGGGGAGAAGGCCUCAGAACAACGUCUGCUCGAGUAGUGGCUGCCGUGUGGUGGCUGUUUGGCUUUAUCUUGAUCUCUUCAUACACGGCCAACCUGGCAGCUUUCCUGACUGUAUCACGUCUUGACACAUCCAUCAACUCUCUUGAGGAUCUCGCCAACCAAUACAAGGUGCAGUACGCUCCCAUGAACGGAUCACAAGGACAGACAUACUUCCAACGGAUGGCGACCAUUGAGGCUAAAUUUCAAAGAGAAUGGAUGCAUUUGGUUACCAAGGAGAACAUGAGUGGCCAAGAGAGGUCAGAGUUGGCGUUGUGGCGCUACCCUGUGGGAGAUAAGUUCACCAAAAUGUGGAAGGCGAUGCAAACAGCUGGUUUACCCAAGAGUCUGGAGGACGCUGUUGACAGAGUACUUGCCUCCAAAUCAUCAACUGAAGGAUUUGCUUUGAUAGAGAGUUCCAAGCUGAGACGUCGCUGUGAAGUGAGGGCCCUCAAUCAGUCUGGUAGUCUUCAUGGCGUGGUGGACGAGGUGUUGAGACGAUCACAAUAA